AAGGAGGGCACAUUCGUCUGUUUGCUGCAGUGCUUUGGCCAUCUGUGCGGAAGCAAGGCCAUGGUUGUCGACGCGUAGCCAGCACCCGGACCUUCUUAGCGUGCCCAAGUUCUUUGAGGCUCCUGUUCCGCACACGAUAAACCCGCGCACGCACAUCUACCGCGCCCUUCUGCCACCAUGUCAGACCGCGAGUCCGACCAGGCUGCUGAGCUGGGGCCCGAGCUGCGCGGCAUGAAGCUUGAGGAAGGCGCCUCUCCUUCCGGGGAAAGCGCGGGUGCUCCCGCUCGAGUGAAGGUGGAGGGCGACGUCCGCACGCCCAACCCCCUGCUGAUGCCCGCUCGCAGCAAGCCUCGAUCCAAAUCGCAGUCCCCAGUCAAGCAGCUACCCUCCGACACUUCGACGCCCGAGCCGAACACGCAGGAAGAGGUGCUUGGUGGCGAGAUCACCUUGAAGAUGGAGCCGGGGAAGGCACCCAAGCUGUCGCGCACCGCGUCGCACAAAAUCGCCUCGCGCCCGCCGCCGCUGUACCUCGAUCUGCCUGACUCUACGCAGGACGCGAAGGCAACUUUUGAUGUUCUGUCUGAAUGCACCUAUGCCAAUAAGCACAUCGGCACCACCGAACAUGCGCUGGAGUGUGACUGUUCCGAGGAGUGGGAUCCUAAGGAACGAGUCAACAAUGCCUGCGGCGAGGAUUCGGACUGUAUCAACCGCGCCACAAAAAUGGAGUGUGUUGGUGAUUGCGGAUGCGGCCGCGACUGCCAAAACCAGCGCUUCCAACGGAAAGAGUACGCCAACGUGACCGUCAUCAAAACAGAGAAAAAGGGAUUUGGGCUUCGGGCUAACGCUGAUAUGAAGCCGGGAGACUUUAUUUUCGAAUACAUUGGUGAAGUCAUCGAGGAGCGCGCCUUCCGUCGCCGCAUGAUACAGUAUGACCAGGAGGGAAUCAAGCACUUCUACUUUAUGUCGCUCACCAAAGGCGAGUUCGUCGACGCGACGAAGAAAGGCAACCUUGGGCGCUUUUGCAACCACUCGUGUAAUCCGAACUGCUACGUAGACAAGUGGGUGGUAGGCGACAAGCUCCGCAUGGGCAUCUUUGCUGAAAGAAGAAUCAAGGCUGGCGAAGAGCUGGUCUUCAACUACAAUGUCGAUCGUUAUGGCGCGGAUCCUCAACCCUGUUAUUGCGGCGAGCCAAAUUGUUCUGGAUUCAUUGGAGGCAAGACACAGACUGACAACUCCACGAAGCUGUCACACGCGACGAUUGAAGCACUUGGGAUUGACGACGGAGACAGCUGGGAAACCGCCGUCGCGAAGAAGCCACGCAAGAAGAAGGCCAGUGAAGAUGAUGAGGAGUACGUCAACGAUCUCAAACCUAAGUCGCUGGAUGCACGCGGUGUCACCAAAGUCAUGGCUGCUCUUCGCCAGUGCACGGAGAAAUGGAUAGCUGUCAAGCUCCUUGACCGAAUUCAGCAAAGCAAUGGCGACAAAGAGGUCGGCCACCGUGUCAUUCGCAUGCACGGUUACGAAAUUCUCAAAACAACGAUCAUCACCUGGAAGGACGACCCAAAUGUCGUCUUACAGAUUCUUGACAUCCUCCAUGGCCUACCGCGACUUACCCGGAACAAGAUCCAGGAUUCGAAAAUCGAGGACACAGUACAGAACCUGCGGGAUGAAUGCGAAGAUGACCGUGUCAAGGAGUCCAUCACCACGCUGCUCAGUGAGUGGAGCAAGCUCGAGCUAGGUUAUCGGAUACCGCGCAUGAAAGCGAAUGCUCGCGUCGAACCACAGUUCGAACGCCGAGAGAAGGGUCGGGAACGCUCCAGAUCACGGUCAAAAUCACCUGAGUUAAAACCACCUACCACUGCGCCUUCGGCUCCUCGAGGUUUCAAUGCCCCUAAGGGCCCGUCUGCUAUGGCCAAUCUUCCUCCUCGUCCACCGCCGCGUCCACCGCGAGUGUUCAAUACUCUUCCUUCAGGAUGGUUCCAGGCGAAAUCUGAGAAUGGGCCGGUCUACUUCUACACGGCAACCGGUGUGACCCAAUGGACACGUCCCACGCAGCCAGCAAAUCAACCGCCAAGUGCCACAUCCAAAGCCAAGUCUGAAGGUCAGCUACUCCAAGACCUAAUCGCGAGCAUCACUGCGGAGGCCUCUACCGGCAAACGAGGGUCUGCGUCUUCGACACCACAGCCCGCUGCGGAUGAGACGAAGGACAAGAUAUCCAAGAGUGACAAAUGGCUGAACAUGCCGCAAGAGAAGAAGGAAAAGAUCUACGAAGGAACCCUAUCCAAACAUGUCAUGGCUACCACAUCCCGUUACAGCAAGACCCUUCCUAAGGAAGAUAUCAAGAGGCUUUCCAAAGAGGUUACAAAGAAGUUAGUUCGUGGAGACUUCAAAGCCAAUCGCGUGAAAGAUCCGACAGCACCCAUCAGUUCGAAACACGAAAAGACAGUCAAGAAUUAUGUCAGGGACUUCAUGGACAAGGCCGUGAAGAAGAAGACAGAGCGUGAAAAGGACAAGGGGUCGCAUAACGGCACCGGACCGAACGGCGACGUGACAAAGCCAGCGGCGACUGCAACACCCGAGACUCCACAGUUUGGAAGUUACAGCGCGGCGUCACCGGCAGGGUCAUCUGGAACCGAGUUGAAGAGGAAAAGGGAAGAGGACGGCGAACCAGCCUCACCGAAGAAGUCUCGGACAGACACGCAGCCAGUUCCUCCUCCACCUCCGCCACCUACAGAUGAUAUGCCUAUGAAUGGGGAAGGCUCCUCUCUAACGCCCAUGGAAGACGAUCCAGUAUCGAUCCAUUCGACCAGCGACAAUAGCGUAAAUGGGGCCAGACCGAAGCCACUGGGACAUCUCGCCAGUCCUACUCAGCUUGCGACACCUCCGAGCAAGGAGCACAAUGGCUACCACCAGCACACGGUUCCCACGGAGAGCAGAUCUUGAUUUCAAGCAGCUCGAGGUGCUUCGACAUGUACUUUCUUGCUCUGUGUUGAUACUUUUAUUACUUUGCGACACCCCCAUUGCUUUGGCGUUUGGACAGGCGUUGUCGUCCUGCAUGGUUGCGGUUGACGACCAAACAAAAGU